UUGUAUAUUUGAUGUGUGUGCUUGUGGUUUUUUUUAUAAUAUGGUGAGUCCUAAAGUGUUAAAAUCAGAAAAUAACGGGGAUAAAAUUAAUAAUUCGGAACGUUUCAAAGAACCUGAAGGAAUGGUUUCCAUAGAACUGAAUUCUAAAAAUAGGAAUCACGGAUCUUCUGAAGAUUUGAAAACGAAGAAAUCGAAUAAAUUAUUAUUGACAGAAAUAAUUGUGGUUUUAUUUUUACUGAAUGUUACUAUAUUUGGCGUUCUGAUUUUCUGCAAUCAAGAAACUAACAUAUUUAGAAGAAAAAAAUGUGAAGACAAUCAGAUCGAGUUUGAAAAUAUUGAAAAACAAAACUCGAUACAACAAAAGAAAUUAACCACAACGGAAUAUCGAAAAAAAAGAGAAUCAACCUCCAAUUAUUAUUAUCCACAUGUAGAGCCUUUACAACACUACGAUUAUAUAUUUUAUCCCGAAACGGAUUACGAAUAUCCUUUGGAAGAAUACGUUUAUUAUCCUUUUGAAUAUAAUUUACCUCAUAAUUAUCCUAUAAACCAACAAAAUCUAAAGCAUAGAUCAUCUAUGAAUAAAGACGAAAAAGAUGAAUAUGAAAUAAAAACUAAAACAUACAAAAAUGAUGAUACUACUGUAAAAACAGUUGAUAACGUAAAAGAAAUUGAUAAAAAUCUUGUAUCUAAUCAAAAAACAACGAAAUCUCAAAAAAUAUCCUCAGGGAAUCAAGAAGGAUCCAACAAUAGAUCAAAUUCGACCCCGAAUGAUCUACUAAGUGACGAUAUUAUAGGAGAUACUAUCAAAAACAACGAAGAAAACGAUAAUAAAUUGAAAAAUAGAGCAAACGCGGUAAUCAACAGUAGGAAUAGAGAAAAAAACGAUAUACUAGACGCUCAAUCGAAUCAACCAGCUCUAUAUAAUCCUUGUUUGAUGGGUAUGACUCAAUAUACUUCACCGUAUAAAUUAGUACCGACUGAUAAUAAUCAAUUAUUUCAAAUCGUAUCGAGUUCGAUACCGAAAUUAUCAGCGUACGUUGUCAAUCCUCCUGUUUAUCCUUAUAUGCAAACGCCUUUCGUGGUAACCCAACCUGCACUACCCACAAAUCACCAAAACAAUGGGGUUAUACAAGUCAACGGUCCUGGUGGUCAAUAUUAUAUAUGUAACCCCAUAUCUGGUCCCAGUAAUGUAGGAAGUAUGAAUAUCGCGAAUAUGCCUGGAGUGGAAAUUAGGAGAGACGCUGCUAAUUUACAGGACUUAUUAGGGACUAAUCUACGUCUCGAGAAACCCAAGGGCAACAUCAGAUCGUCGGAAACGGAUAUUGUUUGUCCAAUUGGAUACGAAGCUUGUUUCGAUAAUAGCAAAUGUAUACCGAAAUAUCAAUUUUGUGAUAACGAAGCUCAAUGCGAAGACGGAAGCGACGAACUUGCCUGCGGCUGCAAAGAAAGAGUCGGAAAAUUGAGAACGUGCGAUGGGUAUUUCGAUUGUCCCAAUGGGGAGGACGAAUUGGGUUGUUUCGGUUGCCAAAAAGACGAAUUCAGUUGUGACGAUUGGUCAAAAUUAAGGAAAGGCACUUGUAUACCAAUAGAGCAACGAUGCGAUUCAAUUACACAAUGUGGUAUCACCGGAAAGGAUGAGGAAGAUUGUACAGUGCUCGCAGAUAAUAUUGGAGAACAGCCUUUCAAUAAAAUAUCCAAUUCCGUAGGGUUUCUCCAUAGGAAUUUCAAAGGGAAAUGGUAUCCGACUUGUUUCGGUAGCGAAUUAUGGGCUACGGAUGUUUGUAAAGUAGAAUCAGGGCCUUUGACAGUGUUUCCCAGAACGCAUAUGGCUAUAACAAACGAUAAAUACGACGGUCCUUUUAUUAAUAUCCUUCCGAAUAAAGAAAUAAGCAUCGUGAACGUUUGCGUUAAAGAUAGAGCCGCUUUCGUCGAAUGUCCCGCUCUAUAUUGCGGUAUGAGAUUAACCACGAAGAAUCCUUAUAGAAAACAAGAAGUUGAUACCAGCGCGGAGCAAAUGUUGAACGAACUAGAACGAUUUUCUAUUAUGCGUAAAAAAAAUUUGAAAAGAAGCAAUAGUAGAGUGGUGGGUGGUAAGCCGAGUCAACCUACGGCUUGGCCUUGGUUGGUAUCCAUCUACAGGAACGGGAUUUUUCAUUGUGGGGGAGUUUUGAUUCACGAAUCUUGGAUUGUUACUGCAGCACAUUGCUCCGAUAAAUACUGGUUAUACUAUUACGAAAUACAAGCUGGUAUGUUGAGGAGAUUCUCGUACGCGCCCAUGGAACAACACCGUUGGGCUACAAUCGUCGUAACCAACGAAAACUACGAUAGAAGUUCGUUAACCAACGAUAUAGCUCUUAUGAAAUUAUCCGCCGCUGUUAGAUUCAAUAGAUACGUUAGACCGAUUUGUUUACCGUCAGCUUUAACUGCGGGUAAGGAAUUUUUAGCUGGACCGCCUCCGGGGACGAUCUGUUCGACCGUCGGCUGGGGAGCUACCAUCGAGCACGGAUCUGAUCCCGAUCAUAUGCGGGAAGUAGAAGUACCGAUUUUGAGCCACUGUAAACAUAGAGAUGAUUUGAGCCAAGAUGAGAUAUGCGCGGGAUUAUCGGAAGGCGGUAAGGAUGCUUGUCAAGGUGACAGCGGCGGUCCGUUGAUGUGUAGAAACCCAAAUAACCCGAGCCAAUGGUAUUUAGCCGGUAUUGUUAGUCACGGAGAAGGUUGUGCCAGACCUAAUGAACCAGGGGUUUACACUAAAGUCAGUAAAUACGUUGAAUGGAUCGCAGAAAAUAUCGGCGGGGAAAAAUUCAUUACUACGUUCCCUUUGCAGCACUGUCCGGGCUUUGUUUGCAAAUCAUCAAAAAAAUGUCUUCCGAAGAAACAUCAUUGCGAUAAAAUAGUCGAUUGUCUUUUUGGAGACGAUGAAACUAGUUGCAGUAAUCAUUUCUUCGACUUGUUUAAACAAGCUAGAGAAAGUGAAAAUGAUGAUGACGAUAAUAAAAUUGAUGGAGCUAAUACAGGAAAUGAAACAGUUUUAGUAGAUCCUACUUCAAUUACAAAUACCUCGAGCAAUUCUAGUAAUACAGAUGAAAAUUCAGUAGAAUUUUUUACUUGUAAAAGUUUACUUCAAUUAAUUCCUUCUAAAAAGGAAUGUGACAAAGUGAUAGAUUGCGAGGACGGAAGUGACGAACUUAACUGUACUUGUGCCGGUUAUGUGAAAUCUCAAAAUCCUAAAGCUAUUUGUGACGGAACAUCUGAUUGCUAUGAUCUAUCAGACGAACAAUGCGUGAAAUGUGAAAAAUAUGAAUACUACUGUCGCCUAAGUCAACAAUGCAUAGAUUUGAAGCGACGUUGUGAUAAAAAAAUAGAUUGUUCGAAGGGAGAAGACGAAUGGGAUUGUGUGACACUUACAAACGGUCGUACCGUAGAUUUGGACGCGGAUUCUCGUCCGAAUCUAACGACGCGCGGUAUCGUAACCAUAAACCGCAACGGGGUUUGGCGUCCCUAUUGCCUAAACUCCACCGAAAAACCUGCUAAUAUAGCGACUAAUACUUGCUAUUUAUUAGGCUUCGAAGAAUAUCUAACGUUCAAUAAAUUCCAAUUAGACAAAACACCCCUAAACGAAAACGAAAUAAAAACAAUUUACGAAAAUAACACUUGCCAAGGAUUGUAUGUUAAAUGUUCGAACGUAUCUUUGGAUAAUUCGAUCCACGGCAUUCGCGACAACGCAAUCGACGAGGUUGAACUUUAUACCGCUCCAUGGAAUGCCGUCAUUUAUUCCGACGGUAUAUAUAGAUGUAUGGGAGCUAUUUUAAAUCCAUUUUGGAUUGUUACUUCCAUCAAUUGUACCAAACAUUUAACGCAUUUGGAAGAGCACUACGUGGCUGUUUUAUUGGGUAAAGGUAAAGCCGAGCUGCCCGUCGAAGGCCCCCACGAGCAAACACUAAGAAUUGUCGAAAGUCGACGAAUUCCAAAUACCGAUAUUGUCCUAUUGAGAACUGAAAAAUCGAUAUCUUACAACAGAUACGUCAAACAUCUCCGCUUAAAUUUGAGGAGGGAUGGAGAAAGGAGAGAAAAAUGCGUGGCUAUCGGAUUAUUUGAAAAUAAAGCGAAGUAUGUCUUUUUGGCUCCUGUCAAAAAUUGUGACGUUGGGUAUAGGUGUUUCGAAACAAAAAUCAAAACUAACUGCAAGAAUUCGAUUCCUUGGAGUGGUAGCAUUGUAUGCGAUUCUGGUAGCGGUUGGUACUCGGCGGCUGUGUAUUUUGAAAAAGAUGGUUUAUGCGGCUUAUCUUCCGUCAAAAAAUAUACCAGCAUUCCUUAUCACAAAGUGGAAAUAAACAAAAUUUUAGAACAAAUUACUCCAGACGUCGACGCUCCCAAAUGUGAUGGAUUUAGAUGUUCCCUAGGGGAAUGCAUAAACAAAACAAAAACUUGUGACGGUAUCACUGACUGUAGAGGUGGCGAAGACGAAGAUUCGAAUUUGUGUUAUGAAAAUGAACACAUCUGCCAUCUAACCGGAGAAUGUCAAUGUCAUUUUAACGAAUUAAGAUGUAAUAAUGGCAUAUGCGUCCCCAAAAGCAAGUUUUGUGAUAGAAACGAUGAUUGCGGUGAUUUGAGCGACGAACCAGAUGUUUGCGAUUGCAAAUCUUACCUUGAAUUAACGAAUCCGGAAAAGAUUUGUGAUGGUAUCGUCCAUUGUAUGGAUAGAACUGACGAAGAUCCACAAGUUUGUCCAUGCAAACCAAAUAGUUUCAACUGUUCAAACUCUAACCUUUGUAUUUCCAAUGAUAUGGUGUGUGAUGGAACUCCGGAUUGUCCAAUAGGAAGCGAUGAAAAACUGUGUUAUAACAUUGUAAAUGAACAGAACGAAACAACGAACGCUGGAGAAUUAAUAUCGAGAACCGGAGGUAUAUGGCACUCGGGUUGUUUCCGUAAUAAUUAUACAGCUCAAGAAAUCGAACACAUAUGUCAAAAUUUAGGAUUUUCCGGUGGGACUUCGGAUCAACUUGAACCGCCCAACACUAUAUACGACAUAAAUACGAUGCGACCGAAAAUAGACGAUUUUGAUAUCAUAUGGUUACGAAGAUAUCCGAACGAACAAUUUAGAAUUGGACUUAGAACCGGAAAUGAACCUUACGUCAGUUUUAUACCCGACGACGAUUGUUACAAACUAUUUUUAGCUUGUCUUUAAUUCAAUAAAUAAUUCGAU